AUGAAGAGACUAAAUGAAAAAAAGAUGAUUUUAAAUGAAGACGACGAAUCGUUAAAGAUUGUCUACGUUCGAAUUGGCCGACGAUACGACAGAAAAGAUGAAACGACCUGCUGCAUGCCAAAGUCGCGUGACGCCAUCGAUUUGAAGGGCAGAAGGUUAGUCACAGACGCACUAUUGGGUCAGAAUCCCGACGAGGUGCUCGUAGAGGAGUUCGAUAUUGCGAUCACGCGCAGAGACAUCUGGUCAUUGAACUGGUCGAAUUGGCUGAACGACAACAUCAUGAACUAUUAUUUCCAGCUCGUAGUGACCCAAAGUUCUUCACCGAUAUUUCGAAUUCAAGCACUAUCAACAUACUUUUAUCCCAAGCUAAUAGAAAACGGCAGUUCUUCGCUGUCGCGCUGGAUGCAUACACCAGACUUGUUCGACUACCAUAUGCUACUCGUCCCCAUUCACACUCCAUGCCACUGGGCGGUAGCUGCAAUAGAUUUUACACAGCAGACAAUUUGUUACUACGAUCCGCUUGGGAAUUCAAAUAGUCAGUGUCUCGACGCACUGAGGCAGUCUAAUUUCAGGUCAUAUUUGAUUUCUGAAAGCGUGAAUAGUUUCCAGCGAGAAAUGUGCAAAAGCAUGCAGCUGCUCAAUAUGAAAGGAACCCCAUUGCAGAGGAACGAAUGCGACUGUGGUGUUUUCGCCUGUAAGUUCGCUGAAUGCGCGGCGAAGCAUGCAGCAUUCAAUUUUUCUCAGAUUAUGCAGAACGCUCGGUUCGAUAGCGCUUGUUUCAAUGGUACACAAAUCGCUCUUCACUUCGAGUAUAUCAUACGCAAACAACUGGCCAUUUAA